AUGGAUGAUCUAGAGGAUAGGUGGGAUAAACUGCAACUUACGGAGGAGGAGAAUGCUGUGAUUGAUCUUAAUGCAGUACACUUGGGGAGGGUGAAGGCAGAGGGAGAUAAGAGUCUUGUAGGAAAACUGAUCUCAGAUCGUAAAGUUAAUAAGGAAGUGAUUAGAUCUACGAUGAAUAAGGUUUGGAGAUUGGCAGGUUCGUUCACUUUUCAUGAUAUUCUUCCAAAUCUGUUUGUAGUAACUUUUGACAAUCAGAAGGAUCGACAGCGUGUUCUGGACGGAAAACCUUGGUUGUUUGACAAUCAACUACUAUUACUGAAACCAUUUGAUGGUUUUACCCCUCCGCAGCAGAUGAAUUUUGACUACGAAGCCUUUUGGGUGCAUCUGAGUAAUUUAUCGUUGGCCUGUAUGAAUUUAGAAGUUGGAACUCAGAUUGGAAAAACUAUUGGAAAUGUAAAAGAAGUAGAUGUACGUGAAGAUGGGAUAGGAUGGGGAAGGUAUUUGAGAGUGAAGAUUGAAUUAGACCUGAGGAAAUCAAUAGCUCGGGGUAGAACUGCGAAUGUGCUAGGAUCCAGAAUUUGGGUGCCUUUGAGCUAUGAAAAACUUCCUAAAAUUUGUUUUAAAUGUGGAAGAUUAGUGCAUGGAGUAGAAGGAUGUGCAGGAUUGGUAGGGAGGGGUGGUGGAUCUCAAUAUGGUACUUGGCUUCGAACUUACCACACGGAUAGGGGGAAUACUACAGAAAAUAAUAGAAAUAAGUCUAAAGAAAAAAAUGCUGAGGAAGUAAGAGAGUUCAAUUGUGGUAGUAUGGGUGAGGGUGGGAUGCCAAAUGCAGGUUUUUCUACCACACCAGUUGAUGAGGCUUUUGAGGAUGAGAUGGUGGAUGUUUUAAAAAGAAGUAAGGGGCCGGAUGUAGUAAAGAAGGAAGGGGCGGAUAAGGUGUUUGUAGAAAAAACUGAGAGAAGAGAGAAAAUUGGAAAUGCAAGUAGGGAUGGGAUGGAUGAUGCUCGACUUAUGGCAACUCCUGAUGAGGGUCUCUUGUAUGCUGAACUUGAGCCUAAUUCUCAGUUGCUUCUUCAGAAUGAUAAAGGAAUGAGUGAAGGGAAGGGGGUGUUAGAAAAGGGGAGGUGGAAGAGAAGGGCACGUAUUGUAGGAAAAAGUAAUGGAAAGGAGGCCUCAGGUGGGGGCAAACGUAGUCUGAGAGGUGAUUUUUCUGACGACAGCAGUGAGGGCAUCUCAAAAAAGAGUAGAAGGGCUGCUAAUGUAGGGGAUGAACGUGUGGAUUUGGGAUUGGCGGAGGCUGCUGGCCAGCCCCGCCAACCAUUAUGA